AUGUAUAAACCUCGUCUUGACCCAUUUCGUGUCAAGAAUGAAAUUAAAGUCAAAAAACAAAAGAGGACCCAGGGCUCUUCUCAUUACAGACCUAAAGCCCCCACGGAGUUAGUGCAGCUCCCUCCUCUUAAUAAAGAUGCCUCGCCAACAGAGCAACAGGACCUUUUUAUAAAAAAACUGCAACAGUGCUGUGUUGUCUUCGAUUUCUCUGAUCCAAUUAGCGAUAUGGGCAGCAAAGAGAUUAAACGCUCUUGUCUAAAUGAAUUAGUAGAUUACGUGACUGUCACCCGCGGCGUCUUGCAAGAUAACACCUACCAUUACAUUGUUACCAUGAUUGCAUGUAAUAUAUUCAGGACUUUGCCUCCAAGUGACAAUCCUGAUUUCGACCCCGAAGAAGAUGAUCCUGUCCUUGAAGCAGCUUGGCCACAUCUUCUGUAUGUCUAUGAAUUCUUCCUCAGAGUCCUUGAAUCUUCUGAAUUCCAACCCAGUAUUGCAAAGAAAUAUAUUGAUCAGAAAUUUGUACUUCAGUUGCUAGAACUUUUCGAUAGUGAAGAUCCUAGGGAGCGUGAUUUGCUCAAAACUGUCGUGCAUCGAAUUUAUGGUAAAUUUCUUGGGCUCAGAUCUUUCAUACGGAAACAGAUAAAUAAUAUAUUCCUGAGGUUUAUAUACGAGACCGAAAUGUUUAAUGGAGUUGGUGAGUUGCUCGAAAUCUUAGGAAGUAUCAUCAAUGGCUUCGCUCUCCCCCUUAAGGCAGAGCACACUCGUUUUCUCGCCAAAGUUCUAAUUCCUCUGCACAAAGCUAGGUCUCUCGGAUUCUUCCACGCUCAGCUUGCCUAUUGUGUCGUCCAAUUCCUUGAAAAGGAUCCAUCAUUAACCGAACAGGUUGUCUUGGGGCUUCUUAAGUUUUGGCCAAAAACCUAUUCGCAAAAGGAAGUGAUGUUUCUUGGUGAGAUAGAAGAAGUUCUUGACAUUAUUGAACCCCAACAAUUUGGAAAAAUUAUGGUUCCUCUUUUCAAGCAAAUAGCCAAGUCUGUAUCAAGCUCUCAUUUCCAGGUUGCUGAACGCGCGCUUUACUAUUGGAAUAAUGAGUAUAUUGUUUCGUUGAUUGAGGAGAACAACCAGGUCCUCUUGCCAGUACUUUUCCCCUCACUCUAUAGGAUCUCGAGAGAACAUUGGAACCAAAAUAUUGUCUCCCUUAUAUACAAUGUCCUCAAGACCCUUAUGGAAAUGAAUGAAUACCUUUUCGAUGAACUAACCAAUAACUACAAAGCGGAACGUCAAAAUUGCUUUAUUCCCUACCCAUCUCGCACUGUUCAGUGUCGGCUAAGUAGGCAAAACUAG